AGCCUCACAGUGGAGACCUGAGACACAGCUCGCAGGUGCCGUGGACUCCUCGGUCCGCCCACGAUCGCUGCCAGUGUUGGCUGCUGGAGAAGGUGAGAAGAAGAGAGCGGGACCAGAGCUGGAACUGGGCCCUAGAAGGUGUGUGUGUGAGAGAGAGAGCCCUGCAGUGGGAGACAGGUAAUGAACCUAAAAGAUCAUGUCUGAAGUACAAGGAACAGUUGAGUUUUCUGUAGAGCUACAUAAAUUCUAUAAUGUGGAUCUCUUUCAGAGAGGGUAUUACCAGAUCCGAGUGACCUUGAAAGUGUCCUCAAGGAUUCCCCACAGACUGAGUGCUUCCAUCGUUGGGCAGUCCGAGAGCAGCAGCCUGCAUUCAGCCUGUGUCCAUGAGAGUGCCGUGCAUAGUCGAGUCUUCCAGAUCUUAUACAGGAAUGAAGAAGUUCCCGUAAAUGAUGCCAUGCUCUUCCGGGCUCAUUUGCUCUUAGAUGGUGAGAGGGUAGAAGAUGCACUGAGCGAGGUCGAGUUUCAGCUCAAGGUGGACCUGCACUUUACGGACAGUGAGCAGCAGCUGAGAGAUGUGACCGGAACACCGAUGAUCAGCAGUCGUACCCUUGGCCUGCACUUUCACCCCCGGAGGGGUCUGCACCACCAAGUCCCUGUCAUGUUUGACUACUUCCACCUGUCGGUGAUCUCUGUGACCAUCCACGCUGCCCUGGUGGCUUUGCAGCAACCUUUGAUCAGUUUCACUCGCCCAGGAAGAGGCUCCUGGCUAGGGAAAGGUGGUCUAGACACAGGACCAGAACAGCCCACUAUUUCUCUGGAAAACUUGGUAUUUGGAGCUGGAUACUGCAAGCCGACUUCCUCAGAGGGAAGCUUCUAUGUCCCCUCAGAGAACUGCAUACAGCAUGCACACAAGUGGCACCGGGACCUCUGCCUGCUGCUGCUCCAUGCCUAUCAGGGCCUCCGACUCUAUUUCCUGGUCAUCAUGAGAGACAUUCCUGAGCUGCCCACCAUGGAGUUGGAGGCCCUUGCUGUGGAAGAAACCCUUUCUCAGCUGUGCUCAGAGUUACAGAUGCUCAACAACCCAGAGAAGAUAGCUGAGCAGAUCAGCAAGGAUCUUGCCUGGUUGGCCUCCCACCUGAUGGCUCUGUGGACCCAAUUCCUGGACACAGUGACUCUGCACUCCCAAGUGACCACUUACCUUACCCAAGAACACCACACUCUGAGGGUUCGGAGGUUUUCUGAAGCUUUCUUUUAUAUGGAGCACCAAAAACUUGCAGUCUUGACCUUUCAGGAAAACCUGAUCCAGACCCACAGCCAGCUAUCUCUGGACAUCCGGAACUCAGAGUACCUCACCAGCAUGCCCCCACUGCCCGCAGAGUGCCUGGAUAUUGAUGGUGACUGGAACACCCUGCCUGUUAUCUUUGAAGACAGAUAUGUGGACUGCCCUGUCUCAGGACAUAAUUUGAGGGUUUAUCCUAAUUUUGAUAUCCCAGUGACAAGUCCUGCAAUAAUGAAUCUAAAAGGAAAAGAAAAGAAUCUUAUAAAUCAAAAGUCAACUUUGAAGAAAGACCUUCCAUUAUCUACUACAAAAGCACCCCAACUGAACUCCGAUGAGGAUGUUAUUAGGUGUCCAGAAAUGGAAGAGAAUGUCUCCACACAGAAUCCUGUGGAUGUAUGCUCAGAAUCUCAGGUGUAUUUGACCAUUGGUGAAUUCCAAAACAAAGCUGUCAUGCCUGAAGGUGAAUGCUGGACUGGCCCAAGGUCUGAUGCUGUGAGAGAAUCAGAUGGGGGCAUCCAUAGGAGGAGUCCAGGUCCGGAAGAUGGGAAGACUCCAGCAUUGACCUACAUUGAUGUAAAAUCUAGCAAUAAGAACCACCCUAAAGCUGAGUCUAUGCAGGGCCUUAAUGUGCAGCAUGAGCCCAGGCGCUCUCAGGACAGCUAUGAUCUUGUUAAGACUCUGCCAAACAAAGCUGGAGCAGGAACAAGUCAGAAUAAUGCUGUGUCAUUAAAUGAAACAGCUGCCCUUGAGUUCAGGACUCUAGGAAGGGGAGCAGACCAGGAGGGAAAGCCUGUACUGCUGAGCCUGAAGCUCACCCCUGCUGAGCCCUGUGACUCAUUGAAUACCAUGCACAGGGAACCUUCAGACACCGCGUCUUCCCUGCAGGACCAUGCAGAAGAGCAGGAAGAUCUGUCAGCGCUCUCUGGCAUCAUCAAGAGGUCAGCCUCCAUCAUAUCUGACUCAGGCAUUGAAAGCGAACCAAGUUCUGUUGCCUGGUCCGAGGCCCGAAGCAGGGUGUUGGAGUUACCCAGUGAUCGUGAAGUUUUACACCAGGUGGUGCGAAGGCAUGCCCACCACAGGAACUCUUUAGAGGGUGGCCAUACAGAAAGCAACACUAGUCUGCCCAGUGGCAUCCAGGCUUCUCUUACCUCUAUCAGCUCUUUGCCUUUUGAAGACGAGGAGCGCGAGUUGGCACUUACUAAGCUAACCAAGUCUGUCUCUGCACCCCAGAUCAGCAGCCCGGAGGAUACUGCUGAAGGUACAGACACCAUGAAGCACACAGGAGGAUUUUCUGAAGACCUGGACAGUUCUAGCAAGGACAACAGUUCACCUGGACACAGUUCUCAUUCUUCUGGUGACUCCAGAGUCCAGGAUGUCAGGGCAGGACAUUCUCUUGCAGAUAUAACUUUAGAAUCUGACAGAGCCCAGGGUCCUGGGUACAUAGACAUCCCCAAAGGUCAAGAGAAUCAGUCUGAUCCUCAAGGACCCUGCUGUCUGGAUAGCACAGCUGGGGACAUACCAAGUGUUGAAACCAAAGGUCUUAACUUAAAAAUACCAUGUUCUAUAGUGCUUGAAAAUUCUAGGACCAGAUCUUUUCAAAGAACAGUCGUGGAGACCACAAAAGGCAAGCCUAAAGAAUCAAGUGGAGGUAAACACAUACUCCCCAACCACAGCAUCUUAGAAGCCAGGGCUGUGUCUCACAACAGGGUGCCUGAAAUUAGGAGUGUGGCUGCUCUUGAAGCUGGCAACUUGAACUCUACAGGGGUACGAACUGGUUCAUCAAGUGUCAACGAUGCCAUGCCAUUGAAUAGAAGACAUAAUGCCUCUCUGGAGGUCAAACAUGAAGCCGGCACUGUGUGCCCCACUGUGACUCACGCUAUUGCCUCCCAAGUGUCACGAAAUCAAGAGCUGAAGGCAGGAACUUCCAUCUCUGGGUCCCACUUGAACUCCGCAGAGGCCUUUACUCUGGACAGCCUAAAGGCAGUGGAGGUCGUUAACUUGUCUGUGUCUUGCACUGCCACGUGUCUCCCUUUCUCAUCUGUACCCAAGGAGACCCCCGCUAGGGCCGGACUCUCUUCUAAACAAAGCCUAGCCCCCAUCACUCAUCAACCUUUGGGUUCUUUCGGAGUUGUUUCGACCCACUCCAGCAAGUUGGAAGAUGAAGUCAGUGAAAGGAUGUUCAGUUUUUAUCAGGCCAAAGAAAAGUUUAAAAAAGAACUGAAGAUUGGAGGAUUUCUGUACAGUGACUUAUCUGUACUAGCUUCUGAUAUGCCAUAUUUCCCACCAGAGGAAGAGGAGGAAAACUUGGAAGAUGGGAUUCACCUGGUGGUCUGUGUCCAUGGCCUGGAUGGGAACAGUGCAGACCUACGGCUGGUGAAGACUUUCAUAGAACUGGGGCUCCCUGGGGGAAAAUUGGACUUUCUAAUGUCUGAAAAGAAUCAGAUGGAUACAUUUGCAGAUUUUGAUACCAUGACAGAUCGAUUGCUGGAUGAAAUCAUUCAACACAUCCAGUUGUACAACCUCUCCAUAUCCCGAAUUAGCUUCAUCGGUCAUUCUCUUGGUAACAUUAUCAUCAGAUCCGUCCUCACAAGGCCCCGGUUCCGGUAUUACCUCAACAAACUCCACACAUUCCUGUCACUGUCUGGGCCUCACCUGGGGACUCUGUACAACAACAGCACCCUGGUUAGUACAGGCUUGUGGCUCAUGCAGAAACUGAAGAAAUCUGGCUCCCUUUUGCAGCUGACCUUCAGGGAUAAUGCUGAUUUGCGCAAAUGUUUCCUUUACCAACUUAGCCAGAAAACAGGGCUGCAGUAUUUUAAAAACGUUGUUCUGGUUGCUUCUCCCCAAGACCGCUACGUGCCAUUUCAUUCAGCGAGGAUCGAAAUGUGUAAAACUGCCCUCAAAGACCGACACACAGGGCCAGUGUAUGCAGAAAUGAUCAACAACCUCCUGGGCCCUCUGGUGGAAGCUAAGGGCUGCACUUUGAUCAGACACAAUGUGUUCCAUGCUCUGCCCAACACUGCCAACACUCUGAUUGGCCGUGCAGCUCAUAUCGCUGUGCUGGACUCGGAACUCUUCCUUGAGAAGUUUUUCUUGGUGGCAGGACUCAAUUAUUUCAAGUAGGGCCUCCAGGGAACAGCCGGGUGACUGGCCAGAGCUGUUUAAGACCAGCUCAGUUCUUAGCUAUGUCAUGCUUUUCCAUACCUCUGAAUUCCAGAGUGGAGUAGAAGGAGAUGGAGGGUGUGGAGGGAUGAAGCUGGGGUGGGACUGGACACUAGAGAUAUUUGUAACUGAGACAUUGGGAAAGCUGAACAAACAGUGUAAACCACAACAGUGUUCUCGUGAAUUUGUCUAGCUACCUAGAGUCUCAUUCAAGUUGUUUCUAGGGAUAAUAGAGAAAAUAAGAAACAGAACACACUUGCCAUUGGUGAGCCCAGCUUCAUAACCACCCUGGCUCACGGGAAUUGAUCCAACUUAACUAGAUUUUCCAAGUCUGUUACUAGGUCAUAGCUUUAUCAUGUGUUAAUUCUAUUAAGUGCACACAAACAUUUCAGAACUCAGGUUAACUUCUGUGUGGAAGUGGGGCAUCUUCCUAUAAAUAUGACCCCUUAGUAGUUCAAACAUACCACUUGUUCAAAAAAAAAUUAUUCUGUACACGCUCUUAUCCUCUCCAUGUUUUCUAAAGAAAGGACAAGAGAAAGUGUGAUAAAUUCACAUUUUGUUUUCUAGCAGCAAUAGGUAGGGCGACUGAAUAAGAGGGGAGAUAAAGGUGACGCGACGCUACUGGUCAAUACAGGUUUGGUGUAAACAGAAACAGCUGCGGGGAACAUAUCGAACAAGUUGUUCCACCUACUUCCUUAAACUUUUUCUAUGCAUUGCCUGGUCCACAAAUUGGUUUUAAUGAAUGCCUAAAGUCCCGUCGGAAGUAGGGAAGACAAGAGAGGCUCUACCUGGCGAAAGGAGGCAGUCGGAUGAAUGUAUGCAUGUGUGAAACUCCUGCUGACACACUUCCAAAGACAUGCUGUAUUAGCCUUGAAUGCAAGGGCAACCAUUCAAAACCAUUAACAUGGCCAGCUGUUUCUCUUCUCCCUGGAAGGAGAAAGACAACCCAAGAGAGGCAGGCUGGGUAAAGAACCUCAGGGGAGCUUUAAGAAGGGUGCUGUUAUCUUUCAAUAGUGAUGUCUUCUUGCCUUAGGAAAAUAAAGGGCUAGGAAAGACCACAUUUGUAGAAACUAAUAGAUAGCAGAGGCUAAAGUGAGAUCAGACUGGAGAACAAAAGCCAGACUGGAAACCCAACUUCAAGUGUGACUGGUGGGUGAUGGACACAAAAGUUUUGAAAAUACCAAGAUAUUUAAAAUUGUCCCCAUUUAAGUGCAUUAUGUAGGCUAAAGACAAAAGGAUGAACAUUUAGAAGAAAUGCACCAAUCAGGGCAACAUGAAUGAUCACACUGGAGACAAAGCCCAUGGGUUUUUUUUUUUCUUUUCUCAGAAAAACCCUACAUGGUAUGGAAACCUGUCUGGCUCUGGGCACCUGAACCAGGUUCCCAGGUCACUGAUCCCAUGGGAAGAAAGCCAUGGGAGUCUGGGUACAUGCUAGAACCAUAAACACACACACACACACACACACACACACACACACACACACACACAGUAUAUAAAUUCAGACCAUGGGAAAUGAGUGCAGAUCUUUAGUUUGCAGAGCAACAAACUGGGAGGGACUGAAGGCUUUGCAACAGUAGACCUACAGUGAGUUCAGGAUUUCUCUGAGGGUCUUUUCUGCAUUUCUUAAUGUACUGGUCUUGAUGCAUGCAUUUCUCAUUGGACAUUUUUCUGAGUUCCUGAGUCAUGGAUUGGCACAGGCUCUUGUCUAAUCAAUGGCCCUGACAUGUUGGCUUUGUUUCUUGGAGAAAACUUUCUCCCUCGCCACGCAACCCAGGAUCUUCUGACUUAGACAAGCACUGCUGCUUGCCGCAGCAUAGUUAAUCUGUAGCAAGUUCUCCUUUCUGGAUACGUGUGGAGCCCUGCCUGUCUGGUCUGAAUUGCUUGCUUCCUGUUGUGUCUCCAGCCCUCAGCAGCAGCACUUGUCAACCCCCGGUCAUGUGACAGACCACGUAGUACUUACGGAGUCAGAAUGAGUCUGACAAUCAUCGUCUUUUCCAAUAAUCAGAUGCCAUUUUUAACUUCAAUAUGCUGUCUGGACUAGUGAGAAAUCAUGGCAAUAACCGUUCAGCUGCAUGGCACGCCUCUUUUAGGUGUCCUGCUGUCUUUGUAAACCCUAACUGGCAUCUGAGAAUCCAUUCUCACCAUGUAGAAGGUGUACUCAUGUCCUGUAAAUAAGAGUGUCAAGUAUUGCGUGUCAUGCCUCAUUUGAAAAGGCUUUUUUAUGUCUCUUUCUAUUAAAGUAUAUAUAUAUAUAUAUAAUAUAUAUCAGUAUACAUAAUAUACAUGUAUAAUGUAAACAUGGACAUUCUAUUAUUGGUUAUAAAAAUGAUAAACAAAAUUCCUGUCAAGGUAAUGAGCCAGUAUGUUUCCUUCCUCAGUUCUAUUUUUAGGUUUUGUUUGUUUGAUCGGUAGCUUCCCCAAACUAGUUAGAAAUAAACAUUACUGACCUUGAGCUUAUUUGGAAUUCGCUGAUCAUGAACCAAAUAAACUCAAAGAAGAAGGUAGAAAGCUAAAGUCAGUCUGGAGUCACAUAAUGACCUCAGUGGCAGGCUGAAAUCAGGGCAGCGCUGAGAACAUGGGAAAGUGUAGUAGGGACAACACAUCGUAUGCAUUUCUGCAGCUCAUUGACAUUCUGAGCUUCUGUCUGUGUCAGACAGGACCCCAAAGACAUGUGAAGGACAACUCUUGGGUACUCAAGAAGGAGCCACCAAUUAUUGUGAUCUUAUUAAGGAGGAGCUGGACUGGAGCCUUGAGAUGGAGCAGGGUGUUGGGGAAUUUUGAUUUCCAUUGUCUGGGGAAGAGCAAGAAGAUAGCCAUGAAAGUGAAACUGUAAAGAGGAGCCCCAUUCUCCCAUGCACGCAGCCAUCAUUGCAUUCUUUCAUGACAUCAUUCCUCCACUGGAUACAUCUGUAUGAGGGCCUCCUCUGUGCCGAGACGCACUGCUGACUCCAGCAGCUCAGGGCUUAGCAAAAUCAAGCGAUAACUAACAUUGAUGUGCCUCACCGAUGCUGUAUGGCUAUGAGAGGUCAGACCCAGGCCUACAGCCUACACCAGAAAGGUACUGGCCUUCAGGAAGUCCUCCUUGGGGGUACUUUAUGGUGAAGCCUUGAUAUAGCCCAGUGAAGGGUUUUCUGAAGUAACCUCCAAGACAGGGAACCAAAUAAGACAUUACGGAAUGGGGAGAGAGAGAGAGCAAGAAGAGGAAAUGACGGCACAUUAAAGAACACAUGGGGAGUAUCUGAGCAAGCUUGGCAAAAGGAGCAGUGAGAAUUCUACAUUCACACACUUUCUUCUCACUUUCUUCUCGUGUCAGGAAGAAGUUACCUCUGUGAUCUCUGACAAGGGAUUCUAAAUGGAAAUGAGAUGCCCAGGUGGCAGUCCUGUCCCAGGCUGUUAAAAUAGCCCUCACCUAUUCUGGUUCUAGGGAUCCUUGACCCCGCCCCUCCCUCAGCCUUAUGGGAAGUCCAUGGCCCUGCUCUUCCUAUCAUGCUGAACUGUUGUCAUCUGGAGGUGCAUAGCAGACAUAACUUCCGCACUUCCCCUUGAGAAACCCAAGAAGAUGACAACAAAUAAGAUAAUACAAAAUGUGGAAGAACAGCUUGGAAAAAACACUUUAUCUUUGAUUAAUUCUUUAGGAAUUUCAUACAUAUAUACAAUGAGACAUGAUCAUACAUGCUUUCUCUCCCCAAUUCAUCAUUCACACUUCUGUAAAAUCAUCUCCCAGUCCUCUCCCUCCUAACCUCAUGUCUUUUAAAACUCACGACUUAAGUACAGUUAGUAGUACUGCCCAUACAUGCCUAGAUAUGUGGUCAUUCACUCGAGCAUUAGAAACCUUUGAGUAGCUGCACCUUCAAAGGAGAAGUAUUCUCCCUUCUCCCAGAAGCUAUCAACUGUUGAUAGUUUUCUAGGCAAGGACUGAGACCCAGAGAUCAGCUUCUCCAUCUCUGUGGGAGUUCUGCCUGACUUUAUCUUGUGUAGGUCUUAUGGAAAUGAUCAGAGUUGGUGUAAAUACAGGAGCCUGAUAACCAUGUCAUAUCCAGAAGAUAGCAUCUCCCAGCAUUCUUUCCUAGCCUCCAGUUCUUCUCUUCUUGUGUCCCUGCUCUCCUCUUUGGCAACGCCUGUUGAGCCCAGGUAGGGUGGAGUAUUGCUAUAGUCAUCCCAUUUGGGGUCAGCCCUCAGUCUCUCAUUCUCAGCACUCUGACCAGCUAUACAUCUCUGCUAUCCACUACAACAAGAAGCUCCCCUGACUGAAGCGGAGAGCAACCCCUGUCUGUGGGUAUACACACAAAUAUUUACAAGACAAAUUGAUGAUUGUGAUCCUUUACCUAAAUGAAAAGAGUAGAUUCUAUCCUAGUGCUGAUGACCCCUCAUGUCUUGGGCUUUUGACCAGCAUUGCAGUACUAGAUGAGGAAUUCCUUCUUGUGGCAAAAGCCUAAAGUUCAGUCAGAAAACUGCUAGUCAUUCAGUGUUGUUUAUAUUAUGUACAAAUGAUAUUGAGGGUGAAGUCAAGUAUUUGUUUUUCUAGAAUUGAGGUUUAAACAUUGUGCUUUCAUUCUAUUUUGGGAUGAGAGAGCUAUGUUUCUUUUAAUCCAGUUACAUGAUUAGAAAUGACACAAUUAAAAAAAAUCAAAACCAGAUGUCAGAUUACUCACAACCUUGUGAGAUUCUAAGAUCCUGUGUAAAACACUUACCUAACCAAUAAGGUAGAUGCCAUAAGAAAUUAUUUUCAUCAACAAAAGUGGUUUCACAAAUUGUUGUCAGUGAGAGCAGCUGGGGAUAGGGGAAGUGUCUCGUUAUUGGCAGACCAUCUGUGUUACUCCGUCUCUCUGUCUCCAGAUUGUCUUUUCUCUUUAUAGUUACAACAUAGUUUCUGAAACUGUGAUGUCUGUACUUUCUCUUAUUCUCAUCCCAGGCUAGCAGACAUAUAUUCAUCCACAAAUCAAGUCCCUUUAUGAAAGGGCUUGAACCACUACUCAAUUGUCCACGGAGAAGAUGUUCCUCUAAAGAAUAAGUUGAAGUCACAAUAUCAUGAUUUUAUCUUUGUGUUCUCAAGGUCCUAUAAAUUCAUUAACUCUUGAGAUUGUCAUCACAGUCAUAAUUCUUCCAUAUGUGCAUAUCAUUCCUUGAGGCGAGCAUCAUGUGUACUCUUCUGGAAAACCUGAGGCUCAACCCCUUGCUUGACACAGAAUAGGGAUGUGAUGUGUGUGUGUGUGUGUGUGUGUGUGUGUGCUGUUUUGAUGUGUCUUGUUUUAAAAGCCCAUUCCCUUUUCUCCAGUUUCUUAUAUAAGCCACAGCAACUGACAUUGAUGCAGAAACAAUUCAGCACUCUUGUAAGUUGAUACCAUGAACUUCUGAAUUCACAAACAGCAGCGUCACGAGAUAAUAACUUACAGUAGACUUUCAUGUCAUGAGAGGAACCUACCUUCUCACUUAGGAAAGCAGUUCAGAUAUGGACGAGACAGGAAAAUGAAGCUAAGAUAGAGAAUUUGCUGAAUCAGGAAUUUGAAAAUCUGGGGUUAGCUUGGAAAUAUUUUGUAGCAAAAGGGUUUCUGGAGGCAAUUUUGUAGGAAAAAAUUAAUAAACAUUCUAUGUGACUUAAAUGUGAUUUACAGAAUGGCUUGAGAGACAGUCCCUUGUUUGAAACUAUAGGCUUAGGCUUUUAUCAGUUGAAAUAUUGACUCCCAAGUGUUUUUACUCUGCACAUUUGGAAGUUAAUUCAGUGCGUGAUUGGUUAGAUUAUCUUUUUUCUACUCAGGGCACAUCAUCAGCCAUUAUUAAGAGUUGGGAAAAGUUUGCAACUUUGACUCACAUCUAGGAAAUGAAUUACAUCUAACAGUGUUUGGAAGCUGAAACCUGUAAAGGUCACUGAUUCCUUUAUAUUGCUCCCAAUUGCAGAGGUAUUUUUUAGUGUCUUUUUAGCUCCAGGCUAAAUUGUUGCAUAUGGAAAAAUAAUUUUCCUCAUUUUUCAUAUCCCAUGGAGCUUUAAUAAUAAAAUAUAUCUAACAUUGUAUGCUUAUAUGUUUAUAUGUAUAUACAUAUACAUAUGUAAAGGAAAAUACUUGCAUUAUUUUCCUAUAAAAAGUAUAGCUCAUGUAGUCACAGUCAUUUUCUAUGUUUUGAUGAGAAGUCUAUGAUUUUACUUUAACCCAUUUUCCCCCAUAAUUCACUCUUGAAUAUAUUUCUUUUAUAAACAUAAUUUAUUUGGUAUUUCCUUGGCUCUGUCAUAAAUCUAGGUGGCCAUUAAAAGUAUUAGUUUAGAAUGCUUCCUCUAAUCUAGUGGGAGGAAAAGAUGGCUACUUAAGCAGCCUGGGAUAGAAUGAACUAAGAGUGUUGGGCAAAACAAUAAGGAUAUGAUCCUGUGGCUCUAUAAUCGAACAAUACUUCUAAUAUUGGGAUUUUAGUGCCCUAUGUGGGUCUUGAUACAGAUGAUUGAUCCCCAGGAAAUGUCAAAGUGAUUUCAACUCUACUCAGGUAGGAUUACAAUGCUUUCUUGAACACAGCUACUGUUCCUUCAUCAGUGUCAAAGGAGAUGGAUGGUAAGAGAUGGAUGGUGUGUGCCAACAUCUAGUCUGCCAAGAAGUUCUUCCUGCCCAGUGCCAUAUCACUUGGCUGUGAUUUUAUAGUCUUUGGAUUUUCUAAAGACUCUAAGGACUUUUUUUUUCCAUUUAGCAGAUAAACUAGCUGUGCAAGCAAAUACGAGGCACAUAAUGGCUUCACAAGCAUGGCCAUGCUUAGACAAGGAGCUGCCUUGGACCAAUGUCCUUUGAUAGCAUAGGGUAAGGCUAUGAGAUGACUUAUUUUAACUUUUAUUUAUUUUUGCAAAUAUUACGUAUUUAGAUGACGAAGAAAGGUAAGGUAUUUUGUCAUGGUCUCAAGGAAAGAACUUGUAUGUAUAGCCUGAUGCCACUGUGAUUUCUAACUCAUAUUUACUCUGCUGAAAAAGAAAAUAUAUACGGUUUCCUAAAUAAACUUGCCAAUUGUCUGUGACACACAAAACCUUAGUCAUAACAAAAUCAUUCGUGCCAAUAAGUUCCACUAUUUUUCUACACUUGCUUCCCGGUUGGCAUUUUGUGUAACAUGUGAUAUAAAUGUGUAUAAAUGAUAAGCAAACUAACAAUAAUAAAAACCCUUUGAUUCUUU